GAAAACAAGCCGUUGCAGGCAGAAGCAGAUCCCGGAAGUAGAUGCCGUUAGAAACGAGCUAACGUUAGCCAGCUUUUUGUUGACAGUUUGCUGGCUGUCAAACCACAGCUUGACCUCAUUUAAAGAAACUGCAGUCAGCGAACGCUUCGUCCCAACUUGUACCAGCGACGUGUAUUUAGCAGCUUGCUAGUGUUGUUUAUUGACCGAAGUUUGGCUAUAGUUUUCGUCACUUUUAAAACCACUUGUGGAUCCAGAACAUGGCAUCGAGAGGAGGAGGAGGAGGGUUCACCCCGAUGGGUCUGAGCCCCAUGAAUGUGGGGCAUGCUGCGGGCAUGAGGAUGCCAGGUAUGCCCCAACCUCCGGGGGGAUACUCCCGGGGCAUGAACAACGCUCCCCAGUACCCACAGCGCCCAGGGAUGCCAUCUAACCGAGUUGGGGGCCCAAUGGGAUCAAUGGGGGGUCAGCUGCCUGGCCCUUCUUACGGCAGUGGGAACAUGUCCAUGCGGCAAGGCAUGGGGCCUCCAGGCAUGGACACUUCCAGAAAACGCUUUCUUCAUAUGCAUCAACAGCAACAGCAGCAGCAGCAGCAGCAGCAGCAGCAGCAAGAGGCGCUGGGAAGCCUGAGACGAGGGCCAAAGAGACGAAAGAUGGCCGACAAGGUUCUCCCACAGAGGAUCAGAGACCUGGUCCCAGAGUCCCAGGCCUACAUGGAUCUCUUGGCCUUUGAGAGGAAACUGGACCAGACCAUCGCUCGAAAGCGUAUGGAGAUCCAGGAAGCCAUCAAGAAGCCCAUCAUGCAAAAACGCAAGCUCAGGAUCUACAUUUCCAACACGUACACCCCCAGCAAGCCGGAGGGCGAGGAGGCAGAGAAGGUUUCCUCCUGGGAACUGAGAGUGGAGGGAAAACUUCUGGAGGAACCUGGCAAGCAGAAGAGGAAGUUCUCAUCUUUCUUCAAAAGCCUGGUGAUUGAGCUGGAUAAGGAGCUCUAUGGACCCGACAACCACCUAGUAGAGUGGCACAGAAUGCCCACCACUCAGGAGACGGAUGGUUUCCAGGUCAAAAGGCCCGGUGAUGUGAAUGUGAAAUGCACCCUGCUGCUCAUGCUCGACCACCAGCCCCCUCAGUACAAACUGGACCCCCGGUUGGCUCGUCUGCUCGGUGUUCACACACAGACGCGAGCCAGCAUCAUGCAGGCCCUUUGGCUCUACAUCAAGAAUAACAAGCUGCAGGACUGUCAUGAGAAGGAGUUCAUCAACUGCAACCGCUACUUCAGACAGAUCUUCGGCUGUCCUCGCAUGAAGUUCUCUGAGAUUCCCAUGAAACUGGCAGGCCUGCUGCAGCACCCUGACCCCAUCAUCGUCAAUCACAUGAUUAGUGUGGACCCCACCGAUCAGAAGAAGACUGCGUGCUAUGACAUUGAUGUGGAGGUGGAUGACCCUCUGAAGGGCCAAAUGAACAGUUUCCUGUCCUCUACAACAAACCAACAGGAAAUUGCUGCGCUGGAAAUUAAGAUUCACGAGACGAUUGAGUACAUCAACCAGCUGAAGACUGAGAGAGACUUCAUGCUGAGCUUCAGCAAUAAACCUCAGGACUUCAUCCAAGACUGGCUCAAGUCUCAGUGCAGAGAUCUGAAGUUGAUGACUGAUGUGACAGGAAACCCAGAGGAGGAGAGGAGGACUGAGUUCUACGAGGGGCCCUGGGUACCAGAGGCUGUGGGCAGAUACGUCUACUCCAAGGUCCAGCAGAGAAGACAAGACUUGGAGCAGGUGUUGGGAAUCCGUCUCGCCUAAAGACAUAUUACAGUAUACAAUAUAUACUUGACUUAAUCGAAAUUGGAAUUUGCUGGGAAAUAAAUAGGCUACUGUUGCAGCUUAAAUGUUAACAAAGCCAUCCUCACUGACAUGGUAUAUGGGAAACAUAUAGGAUUGUAGUUUUAAAUCAAGUAUAUUGGGCCAAAGUGAUUAACAUUUCCUUAAUUCUAUGAUUACUUUAUAUUUUGUGUCGUUUUGAGCCUGUUCAAAUAAUCUUGCCUUGUUUUGCUAAAUGUUUUGUUUAUGGUACAUUAUGCUUGAAACAGUGUUGGCAUUGGUGCUGUGUAGGUGUUUUAGAAAGGGUGUCUGUUUACCAUUUAGAAGCCAUAACCUUAAGUGAGGAACAAUGCAAAAUAAUACAUACUGAACUGUUUUGCACCA